UUCUCCUUCUCGCUUCAUUGUCUCGCCUUCCGGAACUGCCCCAACACCACCCUUCAUCAUAUUAUGCUUUUAGCUUCUUUGAUUGUAGGGGCACUUGUCAUUGGCAUUGCGUGGGCAACUCGCAAUACCAAGGAGGACGCACUAUCCCAGUAUACAAAUCACUAUUUGGCGAAGUUUGCCUCGCUCUCGGAUGUGUUCGGAAUCGGAAAAAUCAUCGCUAUCGUGCGUGCCGUCAAGGAUGGCUCCAUUCUGUACUACAUGGACCGCUUCUGGACUAUGUAUGGAGACACGUACACAAUGAAGUUCAUGGGAACGAAAGUUACAUUCACACGCGAUGCCAGCAACAUGAAGCAUAUAUUUACAACCGGUUGGCUUGAUUACCAUGUUGCCAAAGGUAUUCGAGACAAUAUACUUCAGCAUCUUGCUCCUGGAACCAUUGCUGUUACGGAGGGCGAGAAAUGGGAAGUGAGUCGGAAGAGAUGGCGCCAAUCGUUCUUGCACUUGGAGCAGUUAUUUGACAUGCCCUUCUUUGAGGAAAGCUCCGAGAAACUUGCUCGUCGCAUUCCAAGGGGUGAAGCCGUGGACAUGCAGGAAUUAUUCUUUUGUCUGACCGCGGAUCUUACAAGCAAUUUUACCGUAGGCAGAUCCCUGCACUGCCUCGAUCCAGAGAAUCAGUCAUCGGAAGACCGAGAGUUCAUGGCGGCCCUUGCGCGUGCCAAUCCUGUGACAGCCAUGAGAGGCAUUCUUGGACCUCUAUCACGACUCAACCCUGAGUUCGGUUAUAAGGCGGAUUGUAACAUCGUGACAAGUCACAUCCGUCGCUUGAUCCGAGAAAGGCUAUCUGAAAACCAGAGACAGGAGUCAAAUCAGAAGAACCCAGACACAAGGCAACAGACCUUUCUAGACCGGUUAGUCAUUCAUUACGACGAUCCGUUGAGACUGAACCAUGAUGCUACGGUUAUGAUGAUGAGUAAUGAGGAGCUGUCGCGUCCUCUUUCUCACUCGCUAUUUCUGCUAUCACGUCAUCCCGCGGUAUAUACCAAGCUGCGACAAACCAUCCUGGACCAAAUUGGCUACGAAAAGCCAACAUAUGAAGACUUGGGUAAAUUUACCUAUUUGAAAUGUGUUAUACACGAAACUUUGCGACUCUUGCCACCGAUUCCUCUCUCGAUGAGAAUAGCAAACAAGAAUACCUGGCUCCCUAAGGGUGGCGGGAAAGACGGAGACGAUCCUUUACUGAUUCCUAAAGGCCAAAGAGUGGUCUUGUCUAUCUUUGGUUCUCACCACAGCCCCAGCCACUUCGGGCAGGACGCGUCGGAGUUCAGACCUGAGCGAUGGAAUGACCUCAGGAUUGACACCCCAGGCUACAGUCCUUUCUUGCUGGGCUCCCGCUCAUGCCUUGGUCGGCAGCUGGUUUUUAGUUCAAUAACUUACCCGUUGGUGAGAUUGGUACAGAUGUACUCGCGCGUGGAAAGUCGCGAUGACGCCGACUUUGCGGCGCAUAUCGAGAUGUCUCUGUCUAAUAUGAACGGGGUAUGGGUCGAGAUGUUCCCUGACUUACAUGCUCAGAACACCGACGAUCUGCGUUGA